AUGUUCAAUUUUUUGGACGAACAAAGUAAUUUUAAUGAACAACUCCAAAAAGAAUUUUCAGUUGAAACUGUCGACGAUAUUGAAGAUAAACCGAAACAACUUGAAACUAAACUUUCACACAAAAACGAAGAAAUACUCAUAAAAAAACCACAAGACGAUUUAGCCGAAAAUAAUAAUUUGGAUAACAAUAACGACAUUUUCCAAGUAAAUUCCGAACAAGAAAGUUCGUGCCUGUUCGACAGACUUUUGGCAAUUCAACAAGAACUUUUAAAAAAUGAUAAAACCGCUCCUAACUUUACUCAAACAUAUUCAGAUUUUUUCACUGAUGAAGAUGAAAAAAGUGAUAACGAAACACUUCCAAUUUUACCACAAAACGAUAUUAAAACAAACAACAAAACGACGCAAAGCGAUAAAGAGGAGGAAAUUGAGCGCAACAAAUUACUUGACACCUUUCUUCAACAAUUUGAUGCAGUGAAAAUUACAAAAACGCAAAAUAAAAAGUCGGAAAAGACCGAAAAAGUCACAAAACCGCCAAAAAGUCUGAAAGAGCGAAUUGCAGACAAACUACCAUCAAAAGACAGUAAAAAUCUUCAACACGAAAAACAAGGAAAAACAUAUUCUGUUGAUUUAACUCCCUUUUCCGUGUCUUUAAAAGACCAACUUGAUUAUAUGGAACUUGAAAGAUUUAAAGAAAAACUAAAUAUCUACAACGAUUACAAAGAUGACAAAACUCAAAGGAGCGAUAAUAAUUUGGCCGAUAAUACUUUCAACAUUUUCAAUUUUGAAAAAAGUCCAAAACUGACGUGGAGAGACGUGGAGAAAUGUUUUUGUUUUGAUAACGAUAACACUUUGCCUGUGAGCAAAAUUGAGUUUGAAAGUAUGCGGGGAAACUAUCAAGAGUAUUUCGAAAUGAAACAAAGGUGGAAACAAAUGGAAAUGUGCGUUAAUAAAAUGUGGGCGUCACCACUCAUCAUUUUUGAAAAAUUCAACCAACUGGCUGUGUAG